AAAUUAGCAGGCAAUGUCUGAGAAUUCUGAUAAUUGAAGAGAAAACAGUCGGCUUCGUAAAAAAUAUUUUAUCAUUCGGCGUAAAUCUAACCUAAUUCGCUUAAAGGUUGAGAAGAGACUUGUCAAUGGCAGACAUACCUAGACAUUUGCGUGCUUGUUUGGAUAUGGGGAAAAUAGCUUUCUUAGCUAUCCUUGUUUCUGGAGGAAUUGUCUUGCAGAUUCUGGCUUGUGCUCUGUAUAAUAAUUGGUGGCCAAUGCUAAGUGUUAUAAUGUAUGUGCUUCUCCCGAUGCCUUUACUCUUCUUUGCUGGAUCGGAUAGUACAUCCCUCUUCAAUGAAUCAGACAAUAGUUGGAUCAAUGCAGCAAAGUUCAUGACAGGUGCAUCAGCAGUUGGAAGCAUCGCAAUACCUUCGAUUCUAAAACACGCUGGGCUCAUCGGUUGGGGCGCUUUAGCCUUUGAUCUCUCUUCCUACCUUGUCUUCCUCGUUGCUAUUCUGUGUUACAUUUGCAUAGGAGAUGACAGUGACAACUACUACAGCUACAUUUAAAAAUAUGACACACAAAGUCAUCCUCACUUGUUUCUCAAGCUCUCUGCCUUUUAUACCACAUUAUCGGUUCGAUUGAUAGUUCAAAAAAAUGAACCUCUUGUCCGAGAGGGAGGGAUCACUCAGCUGGAUGUAUGUAUGUAUGAAUGAAUGGUUGUUGUGAGUUGAAAAGUUUAUAUAGUUUUGUUUGGUUUUUGUGUACAUAGUAACAGAUUUUUCCAUUUCGGAAAAUAUUUCAUUUUAUUUUUUUCCUUAUUUAUAUAUAGAUUAGUCUCAGUGGAAUGAAUAUAGAGAAGCAG